UUGACCAAGAUGAACUAAAACUCGGCAUUCGUUUUUUUACAUCUAUACUUCUGCUACACUACUCCACUGGCACUUAAACUAUGGAUCGUAACGACGCACGAAUCUUCCUCGCGAGUUUACUUCUCAUUUUCUAUGACUCGUCGCGUGAUUUCCAGUACCGAGACCUGCAGCUAGCAGCUAGCGCCUCGUUUCUUCCCCAGAAAAUGAAUUCAGAAUCUUUAUCCGGGUCAAGGAUCCUUCUGCCUUUCCGUCGCUUCGCUCAGCUCUCCCGGCGGCGAGCUGCGAAUGUGUCGCUCGCGUUGAGACGGACAAACUCAUAGCAGGGAGAUUCAGGAGGAGGGAUAUAGAGGUCUGCAGUUGGUAGUAUUUGUCUCUUCUUCCUCUCUCAGCCCAGCCUCUCCAAUUCUUGGAUUGAACAGUUCCGGUCUGCAAGUUUCUGUCCGUGUAUUUGUUCGUCAUCCCAUGCGCACACUUGAAUUUUGUGCGUGUUACUGAAUCUAUCUUCUGUUGAUUCUACCAGGCACUGUCGGCGGGUUUCUUUGUAGGCCUAGCUCAGAAUGUUGAGCAGCAGCACUGGCCAUGGCGGCAGCAGCGGCAAGAACCUGGAGAGGCUCAUCUCCAGGAGGGCUCUGCAGGCCGGGGGCUCUGCUCCUUGCAAGACAUGGGUGCUGGGCUUCCUCUGCGGUGUCUGCACCUUGUACCUCCUCGGCGCCGCUCUCCUUCCGGUGAUCCAAAUCCCGUUGAUCCAACCGGUGUAUCCGCCGUUGCGCCGCUCAAUCCUGAGGAAUUCAUCAUUGCCUCGACAUGAUGGAGCUACUGCAGCAUAUGGCACAAUUCUACUGCAACAAAAUGCAGGGGCAGCCGGAAUAAGCGAGAACAGCGACGCAUCCAGUGUAAUACAGCUGUACAAUGCCUGGAGCUCUUCACUGAAUGCCACCGGUGGUGAUCCAGUGCUGCACGGUUCAGCCACACCGCAUCCACCUCAUCUCGAAGAGUGCAGACGUGAUUCGGACAAACACAGGGUGUUCGACGGUUACGGCGACGACGGCGCGUUUCCUCACUGGACAUUAUGGAGAGGGUCACUUGGGCUUGAGCUGUUCAACAGGAAUCGUUCAGAAAAUGGGGAGCCAAUGCGUUUCAGGACAAGUGCCAAGUCUGACAGACCAUAUCCACCUUGGAUUGCAGGAUCAGAUGAAGACAACUAUCCAUUGACCAGACAAGUGCAGAGAGACCUAUGGGUUCAUCAGCAUCCUCCAAACUGCAGCGACCCCAGCCUUCGGUUUCUGGUUGCGGGAUGGGAGAGGCUCCCUGGAUUUGGUAUCGGUGCGCAGCUCGCUGCAAUGUCAGGGCUCCUUGCCAUUGCCAUGAAAGAGAAAAGGAUUCUGGUGACAAGCUACUAUAAUCGAGCCGACCACGAUGGUUGCAAAGGCCUCUCAAGAUCUAGCUGGUCAUGCUACUUUUUUCCUGAAACAUCUUCAGACUGCCGGAAGCGUGCUUUUGAGCUCAUGCAACGUAAAUACUCUCGGGAUAAUGAUACUGUGAAAGUGAAUGAGAAUUACACCUCCAAGCAAAUAUGGGUCGGAAAAAUACCUAGGAUGUGGGGGGAACCUUGGAAAUUUAUUCAACCAACAACUGAUAUACAUGGGAGAUUGAUUAAAAGUCACCGUAAAAUGGAUAGGAGAUGGUGGAUUGCACAGGCAGUAAGAUACCUGAUGAGGUUCCGGACUGAGUAUACGUGCAGAGUACUGAAUGUGGCUAGGCAUUCUGCAUUCGGCAUGCAGGCAGCAAAGUUGGUUCUUGAGAUUGUUCAGAGUGAUCCACCCGAAGAUAACAUUACCGGCAGAACUGAAUCUGCCAUCGAACGUCUUGUGUGGUCGGAGCAUGAACCAUAUAUACCCAGGCCUCUUCUCAGCAUGCAUGUAAGGAUGGGAGACAAGGCUUGUGAAAUGACAGUGGCUGGCUUCGACAAAUACAUGGAGCUGGCUGCCCGGCUCCGCAGACAGUUUCCGAGUCUCAGGAAUAUCUGGCUCUCAACAGAAAUGCAGGCAAGUUUACAUCCUCCACUCGGUGUGUUAACACAAUGCUUGUUUCUGCAGUUGAUGCAGGAAGUCAUCGACAGAGCUAAGAUCUACCCCAACUGGAACUUCUACUUCACGAACGUGACGCGACAAGACGGCAACAUGACCAUGGCGGCAUACGAAGCUAGCCUUGGCCGCGAGACUGGCACGAACAACCCGCUCGUCAACUUCAUCAUGGCCACCAAAGCAGAUUUCUUCAUUGGAGCCCUGGGAUCAACCUGGUGCUACCUCAUCGACGGGAUGAGGAAUACCGGAGGAAAGGUCAUGUCGGGCUAUCUCUCGGUGAACAAAGAUAGGUUCUGGUAAGCGAUGCGAAAGCAGCAAUGCCUUGUCUCGUGGAUCGUCUCGCAGCUCCCGCAAAUAUAGGUGUCAUGUGUCAUAGUUUGCUGCUUGUCUGUAGAGCAAUAUAGAUCCCUUUGGCACCACAUGUGAAACUUGUUAACGAAGUAGGAGAGCAGUAGUACUUGUGAUAUCAAAUCAGGUACAUGUCUUUUGAUCUGGGAUCCACUGAAGGCUUAGAUAUA